ACCAGCGUGUCCGACGGCAAUGAUAACAAGCCCCAGCCAGUGGGCGGUGGCCAGGGCCAGCUGAGUGGUGGGGCUGGGAACCACCAGAACGCCCAGCUCCUCCUGACACCCGCCAGCCUUCAGCUAGCCCAGCUCCAGGCCCAGCUCACCUUCCACCGCCUUAAACUGGCCCAGAGUGCUGUGGGGGGCAACGCAAACUCCGCAAACGCAGCCAGCAUCCUCAAUCAGGUCUGUUACAGAAUUGAUUGGUUUGCCUGUAUUUAUCGGUACAUAGGACUUUUAUUUUGGAAUGCAAGCUUUUAUUUUGACAUACUUACAGUGUCAUACAGUUUCCUCAAUCAGGCCUGUAACAAAUCAAAUCACAUUUUAUUUGUCACAUACACGUGUUUAGCAGAUGUUAUAGCGGGUGUAGCGAAAUGCUUGUGCUUCUAGCUCCGACAGUGCAGUAAUAUCUAACAAGUAAUAUCUAACAAUUUCAAAACAUAUACCCAAUACACACAAAACUAGUAAGGAAUGGAACAGGGUUGGUUGGUUUGCCUAUAUUUACAUAUAUGGGACUUUUAUUCUGAAAUGUAAACUUUUAUUUUCACACACUUUUCAAAUAACUCUAGGCUGUUUUCGAGACCAAUGUUUUUUCAUCUAUCUUCUCCCUCAAUCAGGUCCUCGCCAAUGUGGCCAUGUCCCAGCCCCUCUUCAACCAGCUCCGUGCCUCGGCCAUGGUCAGUAAUGCCCAAGCAGUUGGUGGUGGUUUCCACUCCGGUGCCCUAGCCUUCCAACUGCCUCCACCACCGCCGCCACCCCCGCCACCCCCCAACUCUGCCCUGGGGACGAUGGUAGGGGCUGGGUUCAACCAGAAUCAUGGUAAUGUGAGGCUGAACCAUUACGGGGGUGGGGGGUUUUCAGGGAACCAACAGCAGCAGCAACAGGCCAACCAGCAUGGUGGAUCAGACUACGGCAAGAAAGCCGGAUCAACAUACCCUUUAGAUACGGAUAAGCGUCUCCAGUAUGGCUUCCUAGGGGGGACAUCGGUGGCGUUGAGUGAAGCCGGAGAGGGACAAGGGCAGUACGUGCCAAUCAUGACUCAGGCCAAGAGUACAAACCAAAGCUUUGGAAGCUAUGGACAAAACGAUCAGAGUCAGCAACAACAACAGGCUGGGUUCGGUGUUGGGAAUCAAAACGAUCAGAACAAGAACGCUUUUAAGGAGCAGCAGUGGAAAAGCCCAGCUAACAUGAGCCACACGGGAAAAGGGUUAGACAUGGUUUCCAAUACUGCCACAGUAUGGAUGGGGACUGGGCAGCCAUUCCGUGCCAGAGAGGAACUGUACAAUCCAGAGGAGCCAACCUCUGACCCCAAGUUCAAUUCCGGCGGUGGGGGUGUUACUUCCUCGUUUGGAGCAGGCAUGGGCGGCAUCCAGGGGUUUGUAGGAUACCACAAGCAGCCCCUGCAGGGGGGAGAAGAGACCCUGUCUACGGGUGGUUCCGUACAACUCCAACCUCACCAGCUGAAUGACUACCACGCCGUAACGCCAUCCCACCUGCCCCACCAGUGCACCAUAUGUGAGAAGAAGGUCUAUAACCUCAAGGUGGGUGGAGCUCACUGGACAGGGAUUAUGUAAUUUGCUGUGGGCAGUAUGUCACUUCCUGUGGAGAAACAUGUAACGCCCUGUAAACUAGAGAAACACUUCCUUACAUUGAACAAGCUGGAGGAAAAUAUGCAGGAAAAUAUGCAGGAAAAUAAAAGUAAGGCAUGUGAUAAAUCAGAAAUUGUGUAAUAUAAUUAUUGUCAACCUAAAAUAUUGUCAUAUACAGUGGGGAAAAAAAGUAUUUAGUCAGCCACCAAUUGUGCAAGUUCUCCCACUUAAAAAGAUGAGAGAGGCCUGUAAUUUUCAUCAUAGGUACACGUCAACUAUGACAGACAAAAUGAGAAAAAAAAAUCCAGAAAAUCACAUUGUAGGAUUUUUAAUGAAUUUAUUUGCAAAUUAUGGUGGAAAAUAAGUAUUUGGUCAAUAACAAAAGUUUCUCAAUACUUUGUUAUAUACCCUUUGUUGGCAAUGACACAGGUCAAACGUUUUCUGUAAGUCUUCACAAGGUUUUCACACACUGUUGCUGGUAUUUUGGCCCAUUCCUCCAUGCAGAUCUCCUCUAGAGCAGUGAUGUUUUGGGGCUGUCGCUGGUCAACACAGACUUUCAACUCCCUCCGAAGAUUUUCUAUGGGGUUGAGAUCUGGAGACUGGCUAGGCCACUCCAGGACCUUGAAAUGCUUCUUACGAAGCCACUCCUUCGUUGCCCGGGCGGUGUGUUUGGGAUCAUUGUCAUGCUGAAAGACCCAGCCACGUUUCAUCUUCAAUGCCCUUGCUGAUGGAAGGAGGUUUUCACUAAAAUCUCACGAUACAUGGCCCCAUUCAUUCUUUCCUUUAAACGGAUCAGUCGUCCUGGUCCCUUUGCAGAAAAACAGCCCCAAAGCAUGAUGUUUCCACCCCCAUGCUUCACAGUAGGUAUGGUGUUCUUUGGAUGCAACUCAGCAUUCUUGUCCUCCAAACACGACGAGUUGAGUUUUUACCAAAAAGUUAUAUUUUGGUUUCAUCUGACCAUAUGACAUUCUCCCAAUCCUCUUCUGGAUCAUCCAAAUGCAUUCUAGCAAACUUCAGGCGGGCCUGGACAUGUACUGGCUUAAGCAGGGGGACACGUCUUGCACUGCAGGAUUUGAGUCCCUGGCGGCGUAGUGUGUUACUGAUGGUAGGCUUUGUUACUUUGGUCCCAGCUCUCUGCAGGUCAUUCACUAGGUCCCCCCGUGUGGUUCUGGGAUUUUUGCUCACCGUUCUUGUGAUCAUUUUGACCCCACGGGGUGAGAUCUUGCGUGGAGCCCCAGAUCGAGGGAGAUUAUUAGUGGUCUUGUAUGUCUUCCAUUUCCUAAUAAUUGCUCCCACAGUUGAUUUCUUCAAACCAAGCUGCUUACCUAUUGCAGAUUCAGUUUUCCCAGCCUGAUUCAGGUCUACAAUUUUGUUUCUGGUGUCCUUUGACAGCUCUUUGGUCUUGGCCACAGUGGAGUUUGGAGUGUGACUGUUUGAGGUUGUGGACAGGUGUCUUUUAUACUGAUAACAAGUUCAAACAGGUGCCAUUAAUACAGGUAAUGAGUGGAGGACAGAGGAGCCUCUUAAAGAAUAAGUUACAGGUCUGUGAGAGCCAGAAAUCUUGCUUGUUUGUAGGUGACCAAAUACUUAUUUUCCACCAUAAUUUGCAAAUAAAUUCAUAAAAAAUCCUACAAUGUGAUUUUCUGGAUUUUUUUCUCUCUCAAUUUGUCUGUCAUAGUUGACGUGUACCUAUGAUGAAAAUUACAGGCCUCUCUCAUCUUUUUAAGUGGGAGAACUUGCACAAUUGGUGGCUGACUAAAUACUUUUUUCCCCCACUGUAAUUAUAAAGACAGCUUAUACAGGUUUUAUACCAAUUGUCUGUAUAAAUAGCCUCUAAAAUAUAUGUAAACAGACCAUAAAUGUAUAUUUAUUUGAGUUUUCUUGGAAAGCUGUGAGAGCUGUUAUAUGAUACAAUAUCAGUUCUUGUUGCAUUUACAACUUGUCUAAGUCCUAUCAUCAACUGAUUUCAACCAGUGUAUGGCUGUGGAUUGACUGCAUUGUUUGUUGGUAUAUUGGAAGUUCAUUAAAAAAAUGAAAUAUUAGAAUCAUUCCUCUAAAGCUGUCUGGCUAGCUUGCUAAUAAACAUACAGUGCAGAUAAAUUCAUCAAAUUCAUUAUUUUACAUAAUAUCUUAUCACAGCACUGGCAAACCAUGGUUGAUCAACUUCCUGACCAAAAUGGCUGACCUUUAUCCUAUCAUAAGAAGGUUCAAGUCGAUUCUAGUAUUCUAAUUCCUAAUUAUAUGGUGUGAAUAUUGAACUCAAUCCCUUUAGCAUCUUGCUCUUUCUACUGUUAAGCUCUGUAAUAGAUCCUUUGCUCAACAACUAGUUCAUUAGUGUGUGUGAAGUGAACUGUGAAUGGCCUCUUCUUCGAAUGGGGGUGUGAGGAACAACUUCGUUUUACUGUAGUGUGCAGGCUGUAACAUCAUUACAUCACAAAGCCAACUACCCUUUUCACACUACCAUGCCAACCUGAACCAUACUGUACUGGUUGGGAUAUUUUCUUUGCACAUUGUCAUUUCCAGCGCAGUUCCUCCAGCAAAUGUGGUGGAAGCUUAACCAGGUACAGCUCGGCACAGUAUGGCUUGGAUUGGCCUGGUAGUGUGAAAAGGGUAAUAAGAGUAUUUAGUAACACAAUAGUGAGUAUGGGUCAUUAAUGUUGCCAUAAUAGUGUGAAAAUGCUAUGUUUUUUUUACUGUAGGAUGCAGGCUGUCAUAAUACAAUACCACAGAGCCAACUACAGUUUGCCUGGUCCCAGAUCUGUUUGUGCAGUCUAGCCUACUCAUUUGGGACUCCUACAUCCCAUUGGCACGACAAGUUGACUAUACAGCAUAAACAGAUCUGGGACCAGGCUAACUGUAGCUGCUCCAGAAGCCGUUGCUCACCGCUCCAAGUCGUUGCCCCUUUAAUUAUAGUCCAGCCACCCAUCAUCAGGGCCAGACACACAGGGGGCAUGUCGUGGUGCUCAAGGGGGGUGCACUGAGGUAGGGGUUAGCGUUCAGUGAGUCAGAGUCUAUCUAUCUGACUGGGUCUGGUUGGAUGUGUGUUUUCAGGACUGGGACCAGCACGUGAAAGGUAAACUACACCUGCAGAACCGCUUGCUGUACUCUGAAGGGUGAGUUAUGAGUUAUAGUGAGGUCAAAUCGAUUAGACAGCACGUUGAUAGGCUUCUGUGUGAUCUAGAAACGGUUUUGCUGCUUCUUGUCUAGGAAUAGGGAGGGACUGACAACAAAUGAGUCAUGUGUAACGGGUUCCUCUCAUACUGUGGGUUGCGAAAUACAGUGUUGAGGGUGCCUUUCAGUUAGAUACAGUAUAGGCUAAAACUAUUUCUUAAAGGUGUUCUGUUUAGAUCUUGUUUUGACAUUUUGUGUAACAUGUGCUCCACUGUGGGUUUGAGAAGUAUUUUCAGUCAGAUAGGCAAAAAACUCUGUAACACUUUACAAUAGGGUUUUUAAAGGGUUUAUAACUACAUCAUUAAUGGUUAUUUAAUCAUUGGUAAAUGCAUUAUAAAUCAUUAAUAACAUAAUUAGAAACGCUUUAGAAAGUGUACCUUAUUGUAACGUAUUAUCAAAAACUUUUCCUAAAUGUCUUACAUAUUGAUCUUGUUUUCAAAGGUUGUGUAGCAUGUUCUUAGCAUGUAGCAUGUUCUUCACUGAAAGUUUGCUACGUUCUUAGGGUACCUUUCAGUCAGAUAUGGGCUACAAAAUUGUAAUAACUUAUGAUUAAGCCAUUAUAUGUGUUUAUACAUGUUUUAUAAAAUGCUUUAUAAGUUACUUAAUGAAUUAGUUUCUGACCUUAUUUUGUAAGUUUGUGUAACAAGCUCCAGUGUAAGUUUAAUACGUUAUUUGGCAGCUUCUCAGCCCAAAUGUAUUAGUUUCUGACCUUGUUUUGUACAUUUAAUCGUCAUAUUCUUGUGACCAUUAAGUCAUGUCUUCACCUUAAUCUGAUCUCCUCCAUUAUGGCUGACCUGUCCUACACAGCUAUUCUAUUCCCAAAGUAAAUAUCCCCGGACAGCCGAGGCAUUUGAUUUUACACUUAUGUUCCAUAUACAGCCUUAAUGGCUUAUGAAUAUGAGACUCCCCCGUCACAAGAUAUAGCAACAGCCAGGCACGGACAGUCGAGGGGAGGGUAGUCAGUCAGUCUGUCAGAAAUCUAAAACUAGUCUCCCGUAGCGUCCCUGCAGAAGGUGCAUUAUGCCCGAAACAUUGGUGUAAUUAAUACCCAUUAAAUCAUUGGGAUAUACUGUAUAUAGAGUGUGCAACAUUCUUUAUUGAAUUUUCUUUCAUACAUUUAGUUAGUCAGCCAGAUAGACUAGCCAGGAAGGACAGAGCAGCACAGGGGCAGGUAGCCAGAUCACUCAGUCAGUUAGUCAGGAAACUAAAACAAGCCUCUUGUUGCGUCCCGUUCUGUCUGCAGUGCUAUCAUCACAGCCGGAGCUGUCCACUACGGUCCUGCCGGGUCGUCUGAAGGAUGCUUAAACAACGUCGGAGUGAAUAACUCCAUGGCUUACUCUUCCACCGCCAAUCAAGGUAGGUUGGAGUGUGUGUGUGUGUGUGUGUGUCUCAAAGACCUCGGGUUGGAGGUU